UAAUCGAAUCUUUGCCAAUUUAAAAACGGACUCGUGUUUUUUCGUUGGAAGAGGGAAAAAACAGUCUGUGGAGAAAAAGCAAAGAAAUUGAGGGAUCGAGCUCAAGAUUCGUGUUGGGAGUGAAGAAAGAUGGAGUCCACAAUCUCAAUUUGCGACGCAGAGAUCUCUCUUCAAACGCAAAAAAUCAACGCUUUCACCGCUUCUUUUUCCGAAUCCCUCCACUCUCUCCUACACACAGUGCAAGAAACCGCUCGCUGUCAAGUUCAACUAGACGAGUCAAAAGCUAAACUGAGAGACACCGAGGAUGAUUUGGUCAAAGCACUUGCCGUCAAGACUCGCAAAGAGGCCAAGCGAAUGGCUUUGGUGGAUGCUAUUGCUUCUACAAAGGCUAGAGUUCAAGAACUCGAUGCAAUUAUUCAGGAGCAGCGUACCAAAAAACAAGCAUAUGCUGCAAUUCUAUCUCAACAAUCUCUUGCUCUGACUGCAUCUGAAGGGGAAUUAAACGAAAGCGUUGAACAGAAAGAUGAAACACAAGAGGUCAUUUCCUGGUACAAUACGGUCCUUGGUUUUCAUGUAAAAUGCGGACGUGGGGUAAAAUUCACAUUCAAGAAUAUAAAUAUGAACAAUCCAAAUGAGGAGUACUUUUUUACUAUCCUCCAUGGAAAGGAUACAUAUUCGUUAUUAAGUUGUGAACCUUCCCUCGGUGAAACCAAAGAAUUGAUCCACGAAUUAAACAACACAAAUGAUUUAUUUAAAUUUGUCAGAGUAAUGAGGAAAAAGUUCCAAGAAGCAGUGGCACAAGGGAGUUUGGUCGAGACAGCUGGUGAACAUGAAGAGUCUGCUUUUAACUCUGCAUCUGCUCCAGUUUUGUUAAUGUCAUCUGUUAGAAGUGACUUUCCGGGCAAGGAAAAUGAGCAUCAAGUUGAGCCUAUAGAAGGUAAUACAAAAGUCGGAAAAAUACACGUUAAUAGAAGGUUAAAAGCAGUUUUAUCUCCUGGAUCUGCAUCAUCUGUUCGCAAGUCUCCUCGUUUGAAGGCUAGGAAAGAAAGUUGAGGGGAGGGCGCUGACCUCGUCAUUUGUUGAUACAGACUGAGGUCUCUGAAAUUCUCUUGUAGGCAUGACUCAUGACUCAGGUUACCAAGUGCUAACAAAUUGACACAAUUCCAGACAUUUCUGCAGUCUGGAUAUCUCAAUCUGUACAUAUUAAUCAGACGAUCUUCACAAAACGGGUCAAACAUUAAAACUAUAUUGGGAGACAGGAGUUUUGUUGUAGUUUAAAAGUUGUCGACAUCUUGUAAUAUCCAUUUUUCUUUAGAUUGUUUAGCUUGUUGCUAAACUAUGUAAGUGAAGCAAUGUAUUCGAAUGGUUCUUAUGAUCUUUCGUUUGCCUCUAGUGUUGAAGAAUUUCAAUUUAACCAUUUAUUGUAUUGAACUUUUGAGAUUGAUUCUAGGUAAGAUUGUUUCGUGUC